AAAUAAAAUAAAAAAAUGGCUGUUGUACAUCAUUGCAUCUGCGGGAGAUACCAACCCGGGGUCCUAACAGACACUCACAUUUUCAAGAUGGCUGCCUCCAUCACUGGAUUGUUAAAACCUUGGACACCAAGAGUGUUCCUGGUGAGGUGGAGCAGAUACAACCCUUACUAUCUGGAGCCGGAGGUCAGCAAGGAGGCCUACAGCACACCGGAGACGGAGCUGAGUGCUGAGGAGAAGGAGCAGCGGGAGCUCAAAGCGGUCCGACCCAUCAAGGCAGCGACUGGUGGAGUCACCAGCUCUGUUUUCAGCGACCCAGUCCUCAGCAAAUUCAUAAACAUGAUGAUGACGGAUGGAAACAAGAUUUUGGCCAGAGAGAUUAUGACAGACACCCUGGAGAGCAUAAAGAGGAAACAGGUGGAGAAAUAUCACAAAGCUGCAGGAGGGAACAAGGAAGAGAUCGAGUGUAACCCGUACACAGUUUUCCACCAGGCUCUGGAGAACUGCAAGCCCGUCGUUGGGUUGGCCAGCAUACAGAAAGGUGGAAAGUACUACCAGGUGCCCAUCCCCCUGUCGGACAACCGCCGUCGCUUCCUGGCCAUGAAGUGGAUGAUCACAGAGUGCCGGGACAACAAACAUCGACGCAUGCACAUGUACGAAAAACUCUCCCAGGAACUGCUGGCGGCAUCUGCGAAGGAGGGCAACGUCAUCAAGAAGAAGUAUGAGCUGCACAAGAUGGCCGAGGCCAACAGAGCCUACGCCCACUACCGCUGGUGGUAGAAGGAAACCCCUCCGGACUGAAAUUCAAACGAGACUGGACGGAUUUUCGGUGACUCGCGCUGCCAUUUUUGUAAAUAAGGAACGCUGUGAGAAUGUUGGAAAGACUACGCUGUAAAAAGUGCCGUAAGACAACAGUGAAAUGUAAAAGGGAGACCUGGACAUUUGUGCUCAACCGUAUUGUUAAUAAACACACAAGAAGAAA